ACUGAAAAGGAGAAACUAUUUAAAACUCUAAUCACACACUUGAUGCUAGUUUAUACAUUUCUUGAGCGGUGCUUUAACAAGCGCACCAGAACGCACCACCGGCUCUGUUUCUCUUUGUCACCACUGGAUCUAAACUCUCUCACCUUCAUAUUGCGCUACAGCCGGCAAAACAGAGAGACAUUUUAUAUCACAAGGAAGCUUUUAAUUCCUCCACACUCUCCUGUGACUGAGAAAUGAAUCAUAAAGCUCUUUUACUGUGGAUUUUCCUACAGUGUGCCGCCGCGCUCUUCUCGUCUGCUCUUGGGGAAAACGCUGUUCUUAAAGGUGAAGACAGUGGGUUGGAAGACUUGUCAACAGACAGCAAGGAUCCAUAUGGCGGCGUCAGGUACAACAUGAGGAAGAGUUUAGAUCUGGAACAGGAGGGCUGCUACCUGCUGGCCGGCAAGAAGGAGUGUCUAGAGGAGUGUGGCUUCAACGCUACAGCCAAGACUAUCUUCAUCAUCCAUGGCUGGACUAUGAGUGGGAUGUUUGAAAACUGGAUGCACAAGCUCGUGUCUGCAGUGAUGCAGCGGGAAACGGAGGCCAAUGUGGUGGUUGUUGAUUGGAUAUCAAUGGCCCAGCAGCUAUACCCAGAUGCUGUCAACCACACCCAAAACGUUGGCCUCAAUAUUGCUUCCUUGAUCAACUGGCUUCAGGAUGAGCUGCAGCUUCCUCUGGAGAAAGUUCACCUGAUUGGAUACAGUUUAGGCGCCCAUGUAGCCGGCUACGCAGGAACAUACGUACGGGGGACAGUCGGCAGAAUCACUGGUCUAGACCCAGCAGGACCAAUGUUUGAGGGUGUAGAGGAACAGAAGCGACUCUCCCCAGAUGACGCUGACUUUGUAGACGUUCUGCACACAUACACUCGAGAGGCUUUGGGUGUCAGCAUCGGUAUCCAGCAGCCGAUUGGGGACAUUGAUAUCUACCCAAAUGGUGGUGACGUGCAGCCCGGCUGUGCUCUGGGUGACGUGCUGGCAGUGGCUGGAAAUUUCAUGGAGGUGAUGAAGUGCGAGCAUGAGCGUGCUGUGCACUUGUUUGUGGACUCUCUGAUGAACAAGGACCACAUGAGCUUUGCCUUCCAGUGCACUGGCCCUGAUCGUUUCAAGAAAGGCAUCUGCCUCAGCUGCCGCAAAAAUCGCUGCAACAACAUCGGCUACAACACCAGAAAAAUGCGAAAGAGGCGCAACACUAAAAUGUACCUGAAGACACGUGCUGACACUCCCUUCAGUGGGUACCACUACCAGAUGAAGAUGCAUGUGUUCAACAAAAAACGGGCAGAUGAUGCAGAUCCCACCUUCCAUGUCAAGUUAUACGGAGCCCACAAUGACACACCAAACCUAUUUGUUGACGUCCACGAUAACACCAUCGGUCUGAACCUGACCAACACCUUCCUGGUUUUUACUGAGGCUGAUAUCGGCGACUUACUGAAGAUCCAACUGAGCUGGGAAGGAGACUCUGAAUCCUGGAACUCUCUCUGGAAAAACCUUAAGAAGACUUUCUGGGCCUGGAACACCAAACCUCCCAAACCUAUACUGGAAGUCCGCCGUAUUCGUGUUAAAGCUGGAGAAACUCAGAGGAAGUUUACAUUCUGCGCCCAAGACCCAUCAAACACUGAAAUUUCACCGGGGGACUCCAUUACUUACGUGAAAUGUCGUGAUGGCUGGGAAGUGAAACCAAGAAAACGACUGGCAGUGUAAAGAGUCAGCACUACCAACAACCAAUGCACCAUCACCAUGGGGGACCCAACAUGGAUCAGAGAGAGGCACUGCCUUCUCUUUAUUUGAGCACUUUUUGUAGGAGGAGGAGGAUUGAUCAGCGCACGGUGAAGGGGGCUUGACUGGACUCUAAACUGCACCCUGAAGGUUUCCAUUGGUUUCUGGAAACAUGGGUCUAUCCAGCCUAUGAGGCAACUGGCAAAGGAGGCGCAGGUUGGAAUCAAGAGGCAGUCCUGAAUUGUGUUGAGAUUGCCGGCGGAGCUGCAAAACGUUCCUUUUGUGUGGACUAGUGAGGUAGAAAACAGAUCUGUGCCAGUGGACAUACACCAGCAAAUGUAGUCACUGUACUGUAUAUUUUUAAAUAUCUUUUAUUUAUAAAAAAAAAACGGAAGCACUGCAAGACCAAUGUUAUUUAUCAGA